GUGUAACUGCUCAAAUUCAUAGUAAACUUGUGCAAUUUUCUUACAGCUGUAGGAAACUUUAUCGAGAUUGAAAAUUUUGAAUUGAUGCUUUCGAAGACAGGUUGAUAAUGGAAGAAGAAAUAAAUCCAUGUAUGGAGGAUGCUGUGCAUCCUUCAGAGGAAUUUAAGUUAAGAUUUCAACGUAGAUGCGAUUUCAAGUGGAUGAAGGUCGAUUUGCAGACAAUAUUCUCUCCAUCUGGUUUAUCAGAUUUAUGGAAUGAGUUACUUAAAGAAAAAGAAAUACUACUUCCUAAAAUGGUUCCACCUGAACCAAGUAUCACAGAUGUGUGUAAUUAUCCUGGUGAAUGUGGAUGUUGGCUAUGUAUUGAGUGUGACCGACCUACAGAUUCUACAAAAGAGGUGAAAACACAGGAGUGUGAUUCAAUCCAUAAAUCAUCAAAGUCAUUGAUAAAGUCAUGGACCUGGGAUCCUGAAUUAGGUGUAGAUCAAUUAAAACAGUGCUUGGAGCUUAUGAAAAAUGAGCAAAGAUUAUUCGGUUGUGAAGCAUUUAGUUCAACAUUAUCUGCAACUAGAUUGCAACAGCGUCUUAUUGUUGUUCAUAGGUAUUUUUGCUCCUGGCCACCACUGAAACCCAAUUCUAAAUUCUCAGUGCCUCAUGAUAAUACUUGUAAUAAGAAUUCUGAUGAACCUAGUCGUAUGCCAUGUGAAAAACCUUUAGCUGCACUUGCGAUGGUUGGAUGUACUAUUGGAAUGAGUUUUGCAUUUGCUUCUCUGAGAAGAGCGUGGAGAUCCGGUGAAGAUGCGGAUCUUUGUAGUGAACUUUUACAAGAAUCACUCAUGACUCUUCGUGCACUUCCAUAUGCUUCUUUGUUUGAUAUAUGUUCUUUAUCUCCUGUGUGGCGAACAACAAUAGAGCAGGCUACAGUAUUUUUACGUGCUGUUGUUUUAGAAGAUUUUGCUGCUGGCAUUGAAAAUGCCAAAGAACAUGUUGAAAUUCCUGUCAAUGAUAAACAGUUGUCACUGGCAAUUCUUCUAGAAUUAGCAGUACAGCAAGCCACAUUGCGCAGUAUUCUAGAUGUUGUUUUGCUUCUUAUUAAGUUAUGGAAAAGCCAAUCUUGUGUUGUAGAUAACAGGGUUGCAGAAUUUGGAACUUGUGCACCUCUUGUUCCCAUUCUGAAAAAAUUUCAAGCAAUACUGAACUACAAACAUAAUGCAAUGGAAGUGAAUAUAUCUGAACAGGAGGUACAAGCAACUGUCAGUCCAACUGAAGUAUUUCUACACUAUAUGUCUAUUCCUGAAGAUGACAGUUUGUUAGUUGAUAUGCAGCAGGCUGCUGUGUACGUGUUAUGCAAUUUAGAUCAGUAUUCAUCUUCUGUUUUUGCUCCAAUUUUAGAGAGGGAUGUAAGUACUUUAUACAGUUUAGUAAUGGUUUUUGUACACAGUAGAUAAAUUUAUGUAUGAAUGAAAACAUGAUUUUUUUAUUUGAGAUAAUUUUGUCAUUAUUUGUGUGACAUGAUAAUAUAGUUCAUACUGCAGAAUUUAAGCAAUUCAUUGUCUUGCCAGCUAAAUUUGAAAAUUUCUGGUUGGUGAUUAUA